AUGUGGUAUCGCAAAUUUGUUUCAUCAACUUCUGCAAAAAUUAUGGCGACCUCGGAAAGUACUUUGUUGUUGAUGGUAAAGAAAAUGCGUUCCUCUUGGCUCCCGUACCGCUGCUUGUUCCUCACCUUUCUCUUCGGUAGUUUCCAAGCAGCAGAACUCGUGUCAGCGCAGCAAGGGACUCCUACCAAUAGCUCGCAGCUCGUUUUCGUCUGUCCGUUUCGAACGCAGCGGUGUUGCCGGGUUUUCGCAGCUACGGCGCAGCUAGCUUUUGACGACUACACGAGCUCCGAGGCAAAUAACGCAGUGACUGACGACGUUGCCAUUUCCAGCGUGGAUUUGGACUCCUUUACAAGUAGUCAGACCAGCAGCGGCGCACCCGUGGUUCCAGGACGAAGUUACACAGUUCUGAACGAUGUCGUGGAAACGACUUUUGGAGUGAAUUCUCCGACGACUCAAUUUCUCACCUUCCUCGGGCCGUCCAGCGCCGACGAGCUGAAGGCGGCGCAGGUGUAUUUCGAAAGCGCGCUGGCGGCGCAGCAGAAGAAUGCGGUGGCGCUGGUUCCGUUUGGCGUUGAGCGGUUAGAAGACGCGUUGCCUCGGACGGGAGUGGUGAAGAGACAGAAUUACACAAGUGAGUUUCUCUUCUACGAUUCGAAUACGGUUCGGAGUGACGCGACGACUCCGCUGUUGUUUCUAGUCCAGCAAAUCGCCGGUUUUUUUCAAUCAGUUGUACCGAUUGCGGGCAUUGUAGGUGAUGGAGGCACAGCGGAUGCAAAUCCAAAUACAUCAAUAUCGCCAGCGAAGAUUGCGGUCGUAUCGCUUCGCGCGUCUGGUUCCGCGAAAAUACUCGGCGACCGGUUCGUAGAGGGAGUGGAGAGCAGCGCUGGAGGGGCUGCCGCGACAACCAGCAGCGGCUCUGUUCUUCGCUUCGAAUUGCCGAAAGGAGCUGCUGAUUCUUACUCCAUGGAGGAUUAUGAUAACUUACUCGCUGAAAUUGACUACGUCCUAACCGAGCUACAGAACUCCGCAGUGCAACUCGUCGUUUUACUUCUGAACGGCGCGCCCCUUGUGCUGCGAAGCUUUUUUCAAGAAAAAGCGAGGAAGUUCCAAUUCUUGCAAAGGAGCACGGCUUCGCAUGUCGGGAACGCAACGGGUGUAGGAGCCGUCGGCGAACGUUUGCGAAAGCGACACGAGGACUUCGUAUUUGUCACGGUAGAUGCAGGCGAGGAUUUGUUUUCGGCCUCCUCAACGAAUUACGGGUCUAUGAGCCAGUCGCUCGGUGAAGAGUCGAAAAGUGUCGACAGUGUGUUUCACGGGCUGGUAAAUUUCGACAUUCGAAACACGCUGUUGACCAGCGCAGAAAGCGCCCAAUUUUCGACUGAGUUUUUGGAGAACACGUGGGCAAAGAGAAGUGCGACUAGUAGUCCAUUGAAGCUACCAGCGAGUUUUAUCUUUUCGUCAACCACCCUGUCUGGAAGCACCACGACCGCAAAACCUGCCGCUGCGCCCACGUGGUUAUUGCCGGAAGAGCGGCUGUCGCCGCCGGGGCUGUGCGAAAAUUCACUUCCAUUAGUCUACGACGCGGCCAGUGCCGCUCUGAUGGCGAUCGGGAAUGCGACGACAGCGGCAUCGAGUUUGGCAGACGCUUUUGCGCAGCAGGCUUUUUCCAGCAAAGUGUCCGGGCGGGAAAACCUGCGGUAUCAAAGUACGGCGCAAAUGAUGCAGUCGGCAAGUAGUUCAACGACGAGUGGGAACACUGCUUCAUCCAUGCGGGUUUACGUGUCCAACGUUGCUUUUUCGUCUUCGUCUACACCAAGUACCGCGGUGUUGAAACCGAUAGUGAAUUUUCAGAACUACAUGGAAAUACUAACAGCCAGUUCGACCGCUACUUCUUUCGCACUUUCCAUCACGCGAACGAAGCAGCUCACCUUCCCAACAACCGCAGCCUCCUCGCCCUGUCAGCAGCUGGAUACACGCAACGGCACCUGUGUGUACGGGUUUUGCCGAGAGAUGUCUCUCUCUGGCUCUUCUACUCAGCAGCAUUCAUCUGGGUCAAGUUCGUUCCCCUACGGUUUGGUUCCCGAACUGCUGGUAUCACGUGACAGAAGCGUAGCCGCAGGUAGUACAACAUCUUCAACAUCAUCGCAAGUAGCGUAUUGCGAUUGCUUGCCGUUUUACUUUGGUAGGAGAUGCGACAUCUUCCUCGGGGCUCCCUCCACCGGCGCUUCGGCUGCUUCUUCAUUGUCGAGUGAACAAGAGAAUCGGUAUUUUUACUCGAUGCCUACGUCAGAAAGAAACGAAUUCUCCUACGGCUCCUCCGGGGCAAUGAAUCUGGGAAGCGCAGGAGGAGCCCAGGGCUCAGUCUCUUUUCCUAGAGCAACAUCAGAAAACGUGAUGCAGUAUCUGCACCUGUCCUACAAGGAGUUUCGUUCGUACGAGGAAACCAUUUUUACCGCGAGACUGCAGAUUGAGAUCGUCUUUCACGACCUGCGCACCAUGUUGGCGAACGGCGUCUACGAGACACACACGGUGAACCUCGCUGAGGCGCAGCAGACGGUUUUUCUCCCGCGCAUGACCAUCCAGGACUGCCGAUCCGUACUGGAGAUCCCGAUCAAUGGGAAAAAGUUGGAAGUUUUCUACCCGCUGGUGAAAUUCAGUUACUCGGUGCAGGUGAACGAUUGCCCGGUGUACCCAAAUUGGACCCAAUACCCCUUCGACCGACAGGAAAUGACCAUUGUCGCGGAGCCGCAAACCGCGACGGUGUUCUCCAGCGAUUACUACGGCGAGUUCACGAGCGCCAUUUUGGAGCUGAGUGCGACAGCACAAGGACUUACAAGUAGUGGAAAUGCUGUUAGUACAGCUUCAUCUUCCUUCGCUUUCUCCCCCGCCCAUUUGCAAGCGGCGCUCACUGCUCUGCGGCCGGAUAACUUCAACAUUCCAUACUUCUCCCCCGGCGUCCCCGCAAUUGUCGCCGAGAACCACUGGGUGCGGAUUUGGGAACCGAAAAAGUCCAGUUUUCUCCUAACUCGGUCCAACACCACAACCACCUCGGACGCUUCGGCCACGUCCGUUGCGACGUUAAAGGUUACUGUCGCCCGCGCGGUGGGGCUGAUGCGCUACCGGAUUUGGGUUCCGGCGGCGCUGCUGACGAUUUUUGCGUUCUCGACGUUUAUCGUGCACCCGUCGAACAUUAUGCCGCGGUUCAUGUCCGGGUUCCUCGCCUUUCUCGCAUUCGGUAACUUCAAGGCGUUUGCGACCGAGGAGUAUGCAUUGCAAAAGUAUCGUACUAGUUCUUCUAGUAUGAAUUGCAUUACAAAUUUUCUCCGCAUGAGAAAUGGAACUUGUAAUGCUGAUUGACCUUAGGAAAAAGAUUUGUAAUGCAUGCCUGCGAUUACUACGAGUACGAUACUUUUGCACAGGAUAAGGAGGCGCCGGAUACCAUGUUCGAACUGUCCCACUUCGACGCGGCCUUGCUGUAUAUCACGCUGGUGAUGACGAAUUGCGUCCUGGCGGUGAUGAUAGGCGAGAUUCUGUACCAGCGGUUGGGGCCGUUAUUGGUCCAGGACCUGGACGGCGUGUCCCGGUGGGUCGUGCCGGCCUGUUACUUUAUCGGGACGGUGAUCGCCGUGUACAGCAGCGGGGAAGACAAUCCGCUGAACCUCUCUGUCGAAAACUACCUGAUCGUCGCGGUCUUUUUAGCGAUGUUCCCGGGCGUGAUCUGGAUCAGCUGGUGCAUUCUGCUGAUGCAUAACGCGGACCACUUUUUUCUCUACCACGCGAUGCAGAUUGCCGAAGAGGACCCGGCGGCCCCGAGUUGCCUGGGAGAGUUGGAGCUGGUCGCCUUGUACAAGUACAUGGGGCAAGAUUUCGGUUUCGUGCCGCCCGAGGACGAGACGGACGCCGAUAGCAGCUUGCUGCUGUGUCAUAAGGUAUUUGGUUUGAAAUUCGUUUAGUUUUUCGUAUAGGACGGUGGCAUUGAGCUUGUCAGAAUGAGAACACGAUCUCCUUCCCGCUAUCAGGUGGCGGAAUACGUGACCGAUUGCAUCCGCGGGGAAGUGGAGCUUCUGCGGUGCCUGCAGAUUACGCGCUUACUCUUCGACGUCAUGGACGACGACGGUAACAAUUUGAUCACCAUCGGCACCUGGAAACAGGAUUUACCCAAAGUCAUCUCUGCUGCCUCCACGGGCCGGGGUGCGGUCGCCAGACGGAGUCGGCUCUACUUGUUCUACUUUUAUUUGCGGCGGUCCCUUUUCGGCUACAAGCCGCCACAACUACUGUCUCUAGCGAAGAACGCGAAGGCGGAUGAGAAGUUGCACGGAAAAAUGGUUACUCCGGAGGACCAGCGCCAGGCGGGAAUGCAGGCGGGGCGGAAUGUGGUGACGAGUGCGAGCAUGCUUAGCCGCAGCAGCGGGCAUUCGCUCGCCAGUCGGACCGUGCCACAGUCGUCCGAGCUUGAGAAUGGAAGAAGCGCUUCCUCGCUGAACAUGUAUGCGGAGCGAACGAGGAGCGCCCUUGAGACAGCCGCGUCGUUUCUUGCGUUGCCGCUCAUGUCGGCUUUAAGGAUGCUGAAGGAGCAAGACCAAAUUGCCGAGCAGGACUCCGCGGACUUGCUGGGCCUUGCGCGGGAUCAAUGCCAGGCGGACGCGAACAAGAGGCGAGAGAGGACGAAGAAGCGCCUUCUCGCGGGGACGGUCUCCAGCCCAAACCUGGUUCCACGAGGUGCAAGUGGGGACACGCCGGAAAACUCCGCCCCGCACGUCGCCAUGGGCGGGAAAAAUUACGGCGCGUUACUGUAUGAAGACCAAGAGAAUAAACAGACAGCUGGGGCGCACCAAAUCGCGGCAGGGCAUCACGCUGCUCCGCGUUUGACCAGGUCUCACCCUACCGUUUUUGGAGCACCAGAGAACGAUAUCUACGGAAGCAUCGCGUCCGAUCAGUAUCCAACAUUGGACAUCACCAACAGGCACGACGACGAAGCAGUCAUAGCAUCCUCUGCGCACGGAGCGCACCAGCACGACGGUGGGCAUCCGCAUCAUAGAAACCACGCUGCUGGUUCAUCCGAACAAAAUACUAAAACGGCUGCGGAACUACAACCACAAGCAACGCCAAGGUCCGCACGGAGCGCUGCUACUCCGAGACAGCAACAACAAGUGCUGCGUAGUCCACGCGCGCCUGCCUUCAAAUCCGAACACGAACAGCACGGGGUGGAGUAUGACAGUGCACAACUCCCCCUCCCCCUGAUUCGUCAUGCAAAAUACCCAAUCCACCCUUUGCCUCUUGACACUGUUUGCAUGACAAGUUCUGGUAGCCCAAAUACCACCAUACAUACUCCACUGCAAAUUUGUCAUGCAAAACCGGCAUUCUUGCUGAUGCUUGUAUUGCCGUUCAUGCUAUACAAAUGAGGGGGAGGGGGAGUUGUGCACUGUUAUAUGGUGGAGCUUGGCAGACACAGUGGACCGGAGAGAAGGGAACGGGAGCCGCCAUCUCAGCAGGAUUUGCUGAAAAUGCAAAACUCCAUGCACCACAUCAUGGCGCGCACGAGGAACCACGAGGAGCGUGUGCAGGACCGAGAGUUCGAACUUGCUUUGAUGCGGCGCCGCAACACCAUGAUGUUUGACGAGUCGGCCGCCCGGGACGCGCGGCAGUUUGCGUCGCAGGCAACGCGAAAUUUUGGGCUGCGCCAUCAGAGUACGACGGACUACGGGCGGAGUGACCGCGUAAAGUGAAGCCGGCGAAUGUUGUAAAUGUGGUGAAUCGGCUCCGGCAAAGAUGAACUCGGCCAGUGCUUGUACUGGUACAGACUCAUUGAAAUUGAUGGCAAAACUAUGUUAGUUCUGUUCAUGAGCAGGGUCACGACCCAGAGCUUGUAGAUGUUUUUGUAGAAUCGAACUAUCUUCAACUUCCACUUCAACUUCAACAAUUACAGUAUCGAGAUUCGUUUGUUGUGCAUAAAUUGAGUUUCUUUUUCGACACGAGAUUUCUAGAAAAAUGAUGUACAUGAUGUAUCCAAGAUGAAGAUCGGUCUCUCUUUAACAGAAAGGAGAAAAACAUGUAGAAUUUGAGUUGAUAGGGGAAACCAAAUACAACAACGAACGACGGUG